UACUCUCUUGCACAUCUCUUAGAUCGUUUAUUCUGAGUCACUCCCACCCAACUUGUUCUAUAGACCUUGCCAAUUAUUUCUGUGAAACGAAGCUUUCGACUGCUUUGCCUCCAAUUCCAAGCAAGCAUGGCUUCGGCUAAUAUUCUUUCUAUGGCCAAACCAUCUCCUCAGGAAAAUGGGAAGGGGUUUGUAGAAUUCUCAAGUACUCUGCGCAACACAUCAGCUAAUUGCCUUCAGUUUGGAAGGAAGAACUCCGAUGAUUCUGUCUCUGUUGUUGCCUUCCAUAGUUCCCCUGCUCAGCAAAUGGUAAGUAAAGCGGUAGCAUCUAAAAGAACUAUCGCCUGCUCUGCUCUGCAAGAAUCAUCUACUUCCACUGUUGCUGCUGAAACGAAAGAAGUGAAAGCAGCUCCAGCAAAGCCUAAAGCUCCGGCAAAAGCUCCAGUCAAGCCGUUACCUCAAAUGAUGGAAGAGGAUAUAAUCCCAUCGCUGAAAGCAAUACUCGAAACUCCUCAAAAUCAGCUCUCUGAUAUUGAGCUAUUUUUUGAAGACAACAAGCUUGAAGGUUCGUUUCUGAAGAAGGGCAAUUCAUAUUCAUUUUGGGCAUUCUUUCCCAACGGAGACCUCACAGGUCCAAAAGGCUUUUCUUUAUCUUCCUACGGCUUAGGAGCAAGCACUGUCGAACCUUUUCUCGUUGAUGAGAAGAAGAUUACGGCAAGACACAUUAUCUUUUGGGUUGAAAAGCGUUUGGCAGCUCAAGGAAUCAUUCCUGUGUGGAAAGACUAAACCAAACUCGUACAAGUUCACCAAACUCACUACCAAUGUUGUG